AUGGGUGAUAAUCAGUCCAAUGCCGAAAUGUUAAAAGUAAUCGUGGAUCAACUUCAUGUAAUGCACGAUGGAAUGAAGAGGCAUGAAACAAGAAUGGAUGCCAUUGGAGAGACGUUGCUUAGAGUGGGUAGAAGGGUAGAGGAAUUAGAGAAUUCUACUCCCACCCAUGGCGAGUCCCAUUUUCGUAACAAUCAAGAAGAUAGAAGUUUCAAACUAGACCUUCCUGAAUUUGAUGGUUCUAGUGAUCCGGAGGUUUUUUAUGAUUGGGAUCAAUAUGUCAAAUUAACUCGCCUAAAUCAAGGUGAGCGUAAUAUUGAUGAAUAUGUACGUGAGUUUGAGAAGCUUAGCUUGGUGUGUGACAUACAAGAGAAGGAACCACUCAAAAUUGCGCGUUUCACAAAGGGGCUUUCUAAACCAAUCUCUAAUAAGGUGGAUCUUCUACCUUAUUCCACUUAUGAUGAGGUUGUGAAAGCUGCUAGGAAGGUUGAAGCACAAAACAAAGAGGAGAAGCCGAAGAAUGCUCCAAGACCCCCUUUUAGAGCGUUCUCUUCCGCGGGAAAAGUUGAUUCUUUUCCUAGCCCUUCUAAAUCAACUGUUCCUACUAACCCUUCGAAAACUUAUGGAGGAAAACCAGAUUUCAAGCAAGAUGCAUCCAAAAGAACUUGUUACAAGUGUCAUGAAAGAGGACAUAUUGCUAGUGAAUGUCCAAAACGGAAUACACUUACUAUUCAAGAAGGAGAGUGGGGUUCCGAAGAAGAGGAAGAGGAGGAGGAAUAUGAGGAAUAUGGUGCUGAAGAAAAUGACGCUCCAUUAUGUGGUGUUGUGAGAAGACUUCUACAUUCCGAACCUCUCAAAGAUAUGCAACAACGAGAGAACCUUUUUCAUACUAGAUGCAAGGUUCAAGACAAGGUUUUUGAUGUGAUUGUUGAUGAAGGAUCAUGCACGGAUGUGGCCUCAACUGAACUUGUAAGUAAGCUUAAAUUACCUACACGAAAUCAUGCUAAACCUUACAAGUUAAAUUGGCUGGAUAAUGACACCGGUUUAAAGGUUAAGAAACAAGCACUAGUUUCAUUCACUAUAGGAAAUUUUUAUGAUGAACGUUGGUGUGACGUUUUACCUAUGAGUGCGUGUCAUAUUUUGCUUGGUAGACCAUGGCAAUUUGAUAGAAAAGCUAUUCAUGAUGGUGUUUCUAAUGUCUAUACGGUCACUACCAAAUUAGGAAAGAAGAUUAGGUUGUUACCUUUGCCCCCUAAGGUUGAACCUAUGGUGGAAAAGAAACCAAACUUCCUUAUGUCUAGGAAGGAGUUUGAGGAAGAAUGCGUGAUAGAAGGAGGAGGGUUUCUGCUUAUUGUAAAGCCCAUUGUUGAUGAUGUUUCUCAUGUGGCUAACUCUAUUCCGUUGAGAAACUUGCUUAAAGAAUUUGCAGAUGUGUUUCCCGAUGAUUUGCCUAAAGGGUUGCCUCCAUUUCGUGGUAUUGAACAUGCAAUUGAUUUGGUACCGGGAGCCUCAUUACCAAACAAGGCAGCCUAUAGAUGCAAUCCCGAGCAAGCUAAGGAGUUGCAAAGACAAGUUGAAGAACUCAUGGAAAAGGGCAAUGUGCGUGAAAGCCUUAGUCCAUGUGCGGUGCCUGCCCUUUUGGUGCCAAAGAAAGAAGGAACUUGGAGGAUGUGUAUUGAUAGUCGUGCCAUCAACAACAUAACUAUUAAAUAUAGAUUUCCCAUGCCAAGGCUACAAGACAUGCUUGAUGAAUUAAGUGGAGCCACAGUUUUUAGCAAAAUUGACUUGCGAAGUGGUUAUCAUCAAAUGAGAAUUCGUGAAGGAGAUGAAUGGAAGACUGCUUUCAAGACAAAGCAAGGUCUAUAUGAAUGGCUUGUCAUGCCAUUUGGACUUUGCAAUGCUCCUAGUUCGUUCAUGAGACUCAUGAAUGAGGUAUUACGUCCCUUUCUAAAUAAAUUCAUUGUUGUAUAUUUAGAUGAUAUUCUAGUAUAUAGUAAAACUGAAAUAUUUCUUUCCUAG